AUGUGGCUUGUGGGCGAAGGCUUGUGUUACGUGGCGUGCGGCGCGGUUGGCGUCCGAGCGAUCACUGACUGGCUGAGCGCGCUCGCAGUGUCCGGCGCAGCCCUGUGCGGUGGGUCGCGGGAUGCGCGCGCGCCUCCUACUCCUCCCUCAACCUUCUCCCGGAGGCUUUCGUGCCCUAAAAGAUAUAACACUAGAGCCGCGUUCUGA